GGGGAGAGAGAGAGAGAGAGAGAGAAAGUGAGUGACAGACAGAGCCUGGGAAGUCGCGGCGGCGGAGGAGGCUGAGCCCCGGGUCCGGUUACUAGGGGCGACUGUCCUGGAGGCGGGGGAAAAAGCACAUUGGGGAUCCAAGGCUAGAGAUGCCAGUCAGAUGCCCAGAGCACAGCACAAGCAGGGGGUUUCUGCUGCACUAGGGGUAGAUGGAGCAGAGCCUGUGUGACGUUGGAUGACGCCCAGCUCAGUGACAAAAUGGCUCACUUUGAUACAGAGUAUCAGCGGCUGGAGGCCUCGUACAAUGACUCUCCCCCGGGAGAAGAGGACCUGAUGGUUCACGUUGCUGAGGGCAGCAAAUCUCCCUGGCACCACAUUGAGAAUCUGGACCUCUUUUUCUCUCGCGUCUAUAACCUGCACCAGAAGAAUGGCUUCACCUGUAUGCUCAUCAGUGAGAUCUUUGAAUUAAUGCAGUUCAUCUUUGUUGUGGCCUUCACCACAUUCCUUGUCAGCUGUGUUGACUACGAUAUCCUGUUUGCAAACAAGCUGGUGAAUCACAGCCAGCAUUCCAGUGACCCCGUCAAGGUGACCCUGCCAGAUGCCUUCCUGCCUCCCAAUGAGUGCAGUGCCAGGAUCCAGGCCAAUGGCUUUCUCAUCUCUGUCCUGGUGAUUGCGGGGGUCUUCUGGAUCCAUCGGCUGAUUAAAUUCAUCUACAACAUUUGCUGCUAUUGGGAAAUCCACUCUUUUUACAUCAAUGCUCUCAAGAUUCCCAUGUCCAAUUUGCCCUACUACACAUGGCAGGAGGUGCAGGCACGGAUUGUCCAAAUCCAGAAGGAACACCAGAUCUGCAUCCAUAAGAAGGAGCUGACAGAACUGGACAUCUACCACCGCAUCCUGCGUUUCAAGAACUACAUGGUGGCCAUGGUGAACAAGUCGCUAUUGCCUAUGCGCUUCCACCUUCCCCUACUGGGCGAUACAAUCUUCUAUACGCGUGGCCUCAAGUACAACUUUGAGCUCAUCUUCUUCUGGGGCCCUGGCUCACUCUUUGAGAAUGAGUGGAGUCUCAAGGCCGAGUACAAGCGAGGCAGCAACCGCCUGGAGCUGGCUGAAAAGCUGGGCACCCGCAUCCUCUGGAUUGGCAUUGCUAAUUUUCUGCUCUGUCCGCUCAUCCUCAUCUGGCAGAUCCUCUAUGCCUUCUUCAGCUACACAGAGAUUCUGAAGCGAGAGCCAGGAAGUUUGGGGGCUCGUUGCUGGUCCCUCUACGGCCGCUGCUACCUGCGGCACUUCAACGAGCUGGACCACGAGUUGCACUCACGCCUCAGCAAGGGCUACAAGCCAGCCUCCAAGUACAUGAACUGCUUCAUUUCACCUCUGUUCACUGUUGUGGCUAAGAAUGUGGCCUUCUUUGCUGGCUCCAUCCUCGCUGUCCUCAUUGCCCUCACAAUUUAUGAUGAAGACGUGCUUGCUGUGGAGCAUGUCCUCACCACAGUCACCAUUCUGGGUGUGGCUGUCACUGUCUGCAGAUCCUUCAUCCCAGACCAGCACCUGGUCUUCUGCCCAGAGCAGUUGCUUCGGGUGAUUCUGGCACACAUCCACUACAUGCCUGACCACUGGCAGGGCAACGCGCACCGCUAUGAAACCCGAGAUGAGUUCGCCCAGCUCUUCCAGUACAAGGCGGUGUUCAUCCUGGAAGAGCUGCUUAGCCCCAUUGUGACUCCCUUGAUCCUCAUCUUCUGUCUGAGGCCCAAAGCUCUGGAGAUAAUUGAUUUCUUCCGCAACUUCACUGUGGAGGUGGUGGGCGUGGGAGAUACCUGCUCUUUUGCCCAGAUGGAUGUGCGGUGGCAUGGACACCCUGCGUGGAUGUCAGCCGGGAAGACGGAGGCUUCCGUUUACCAACAAGCCGAGGAUGGCAAGACGGAGCUGUCCCUCAUGCACUUUGCUAUCACCAACCCACACUGGCAACCUCCUCGGGAGAGCACAGCUUUCAUCGGCUUGCUUAAGGAACGUGUGCACCGCGACAGCAGCCUGGCUCUGGCCCAGCAGGCUGUCCUGCCUGACAAUGCCCUGUUCACCUCCAUUCAGUCCUUGCAGUCAGAAUCAGAGCCACACAGCCUGAUUGCCAAUGUGAUUGCAGGCUCCUCAGUCCUGGGCUACCAGGCAGCCCGUGAUGGGCAGGCCUCGCGGCAUCUCUCGGCUGUGUCUGAGGUGGCAUCUGCCCUGCGUUCUUUCUCUCCUCUUCAGUCAAUGCAGACGGCCCACAGGAGUUCCCACACAGAAGGUUCCCAACAUCGGGGUCCUGGCACAAUGGCAGGCUCAGGGGUUGAUGCCAGGACAGCUAGUUCUGGCAGUAGUGCCUGGGAGGGCCAGCUUCAGAGCCUGAUCCUUUCAGAAUAUGCCUCUACUGAGAUGAGUCUGCAUGCACUUUACAUGCAUGAGUUACACAAGCAGCAUGCCCAGUUGGAGCCUGAGCGGCACUUGUGGCACCGGCGAGAGAGUGAUGAGAGUGGUGAAAGCGCCCAGGAGGAGCCCGAUGCUCAUCAGGGCACCCCAAGCAGUGCCAUUCCCCGCUCAGCCAGCUAUCCUUUUGCCUCGCCUCGCCAGGCUGGAGAUGAGACAGCUGCUCUGCAAGCCGGCUUCCAGCGCCGAUAUGGUGGUGUCUCAGACCCUGGCAUGGUGCACAGAGCCCCAUCACACUUCGCUCGGCUGCCACUUGGGGGGUGGGCUGAAGAUGGCCAGACUGCUCGGCACCCAGAGCCUGUGCCAGAGGAGAGCUUGGAAGAUGAGUUGCCACCUCAGAUACACAAGGUGUAGCUGUGAAGGCUGAAGAUCCUGUGUGGGCUUCACAUCGGGGGCCCGCCUCAGCUGGUGGGACAUUGGGUUACCCUGCCCUACAAGGUGUGGGUUGGCUCAGGUCUCCAUGUCCUGGACGUCAGUGCCAGAGUGAGGAAGGUGUGAAGACAACAGUGCCUUCAUCGUGGGUGGAACUCUAUCCAGACAUGCAUCAUGCCGGUGGCAUGCUAGUUGGGCAUGGGCUGGAUGUGUGUGUGAUUACAUAUAUUUGUCCGUGUCUGCAUCCGUGUCGUCCAUGUUGGAGAACCACCCGAGACUUGCACAGAAUGCCACGGAGCACACUACAGUGCAGGAGACUGGCAUCCACGCUUGCCCUGCCUGAAAUGUCCUGUAGCAGCAGAAGGAGGACCUGCUGUGUGGACCCCCUUUCAGAGGCAGGAAGAGCUGUACUACUAUCCAGACUACAACGUGUAAUUAAAGAUGCAAUCAGGCGAUAGAUUUGGACUCAGGAAAAGAAGGGCUGCAAGAGAUUAUUUUUGUAAUGGGAAUGGGGCACAGGCUUCCUCCUGUGGCAGAGCCUGACUUGGAUAGAAGCUUUUCACACACUAGAAGGGUGCAUAUCUUCCUCCCUGCUUUACCAUUCACUCACAAACUUUGAAGCCAAGCCAAAAGAGGCACUCUUGCAGUGCCAUCACCACUCAUGCAGCAGGAUUUUGUCUUCCUGUGGGCACAAAUGAUUCUACUGUUUGGGGCCAUGUUUCUUUCACAUCUCUCUUGCUGUAUCAAAGCACAGGCUUAGCAGGGUAUUGCUUCACAGCCCGUACCAGGGUUUGCUUGAGGCAAUAUCUGAAAUGACCAAAGUCUCCUUCAAACUUACCAAAUGGCACCCAGCUCCAGACCGAUGGCUCCAUUCUGAGGAAGCCCCUUGCUCUCACCUUGUUCAUCCUGCUAGGAUUUAGAAUCAAAUAUGAGGCUCUGCCCCAGGUGCUGUACUUGUGGGUAUGAGGGAUGGGUGGAGGAAGGCGAUACUUGUCUGUCCCCACCCCCAUCAUUCUAUUUAAAUAUUUCCCAGAUUCCCGAUACACUGUUUGGGUUCUUCUCCAAGCUGGUGCUGCCCUCCUUGUGAUGUCUCUUUUCUAUGGAUGCCUUAAUGGUAAGCAUCCAGAUCUUGUGGAAGUGCCAGCAAGAGAAGAGUUCCUAUAUGCCAAAUAUAUUACCUGUCACAAUCUUAAGAACUGGGGUGGGCUUCAGGUUCUUGUAGAAAGGACUGAACCUCUCGCCUGGCUAGACAAGGCGUUCUCUUGAACAGUCUAAGAAGCUCUGCUGGUUCCCCCACUUUAUUACUAAAGAACACCAUGCCAUCGGCUCCACUGUUUUCCUCUAAUUCUUAUGGGCUAUCUGGUCUUAGCACAACAGCAAAAAAAAAUUAUGGUUUGCAUAGCAAACAUCACAAAGAAUACUUUCCAGACUGCCCAGUGGAAGCAUUGCAUCCCAAGAGGGUGUGGUACAAUCCAGCCAAUCAUUGCAUAGGGUAAUGCUAGCACUCUCAUCAGAGCUACAGGUCCCAAUAUGUCUUGGUUAACCCUGUGGUUUUUACUCCUUUCUCUUCUCUGUGGGGCCAUUUUUUUUUACAGUGGCUGUUGCAACCUCCAGUAGCUGCUUGUCAAAGCUCCUGUUGUUCAUAGGAAAAGCAGUUUGCCAUUACUGUCCCAGAUAAAAUAUGCAUCCUUCCACUCUGUGGGCACAAGCCUGGUUGCAUGGAGAUCCCUAUAUGGCAUUGGAACUGACAUUGUAGGUCUUGGGAGCCAGGACUCUUGGGAUUUCUUUGCUUCUUUGCCCUCUUUCAGAAUUGAAGAGAUUAUUUGCACUCAGCAAUGAACUGAUUACAGCUGGUAGUUCACCUGCUCUAGAAAGGAGAUUAUGCCCGAAAAGGAUACUGUACUUCCCCACUCCCUAACCUAGUUUAACAAAAGGGUGGUCAUUGGUGUUGUGGGGUACAUGCUAUGAGGGAAGUUUGUGAGCAGCAGCUUCAAGCUGUCAGUAGUUUAGAUGUAUGGCUGGUGCUGGGAUUUCCCCCAGUUCUUCAGAUUACUGGUACAUUUUAAGGAAUUCAAACAACUGAUGGUAAAAUAUUAAUUUGCUGUCUUUCCUGCAAAAUACACAUCCCCUGGAGUGUAGAAAGAAUAGCUGCAUAGACUGCAACUUUGAUCAGUGCUUGUUAUGUACUGUUGGGAUGGGGAACCUGUAGUUUGUCAAACUUUACUAUAUUACAACUCCUAUCAUCCCUGACCAUUGAGCAUGAUGGCUGGAGCUGAUGGGAUUUGGAGUCCAACAGAAUCUGGAAAACUACAGGGUCACAGUCCCUGCACUACAGCGAUCAGCUGCAGAGCAGCCCCAUUGGCAGAGAUGAGCCUACUGCAUCCUAGUGGAAAUGUUACUGUACCCCUGGUCUAGCAGUGAACAAAGGGAGUGUACUCAGCUAAAACAUGGGGUGGGUGGGAAUUCUAGCUGUCAUGUAUUAUGCUUGUCUUGAUUUUGCCCCCAUCUAUUUGUGCAUGGUACAGCCACCUGUGGCCUCCUGUUUCAUUUGUGACACUAGAGGCUGGCCUGUGAGUUAUGUGGAGCACUGCAAAUGGUUUGUAAAACAGAGCUUAUGUCUGACAUCCUGUACAGUACCGUAUCUACUGAAUAAAGAGGGGUGUUCCAUUCUUUGAUGGCU